AUGGAGAAACUUCCUGUAUUCGGCAGUGGAGGAGGAGAACCCAGCUGUGUGUCUAUGAAGAGUGACGGGUCCAUGGGGGACCCUCCUAAAUUCAGCACAGGAGGAGGAGAACCCAGCUGUGUGUCUAUGAAGAGUGACGGGUCCAUGGGGGACCCUCCUAAAUUCAGCACAGGAGGAAGAGAACCCAGCUGUGUGUCUAUGAAGAGUGACGGGUCCAUGGGGGACCCUCCUAAAUUCAGCACAGGAGGAGGAGAACCCAGCUGUGUGUCUAUGAAGAGUGACGGGUCCAUGGGGGACCCUCCUAAAUUCAGCACAGGAGGAAGAGAACCCAGCUGUGUGUCUAUGAAGAGUGACCGAGUGACUCAGGGCUCCAUGGGCGACCCUCCUAAAUUCAGCACAGGAGGAGGAGAACCCAGCUGUGUGUCUAUGAAGAGUGACCGGUCCAUGGGGGACCCUCCUAAAUUCAGCAGUGGAGGAGGAGAAUCCAGCUUUGUGUCAGUGAAGAGUGACCAGGCAAUGAUGUUCCCAGCACAGUCCAGUGGAGGGAGAGGAUCCUGUGACUCAGGGCAGCACUCCACACAAACAGCACUGCAGAUAAACACUCUGGAAGAUAUUUACCAACCAGCGAAUGAUGACGUCCUUCACAGAGUCUUACAGAGACACAAAACUAGCAUGAAGAACAAGUAUGAGAGCUUAUUUGAGGGAAUAAAAACAGAAAAGAAUAAAACCCUCCUGAACAGGAUUUACACACAGCUCUAUAUCAUAGAGGGAGAGAGUGAAGGAGUGAAUGAAGAACAUGAGGUUCUACAGAUGGAGAAAACACCUAGGAGAUGCUUACAAGACUCUCCAAUCAACUGCUUAGACAUCUUUAAACCUCUACAAGGUCCUGAAGGAGAAACACGAGAAGAGAACAUUAGAGCUGUGAAGGCUGACAGUCUCAGACACAAAGAAAGAAAAGGAGAUAACAGACCAAAAGAGCCAGAGCUCAGAAGUGUUCUGACUAAAGGCAUCGCUGGAAUUGGAAAAACUGUCUCUGUGCAGAAGUUCAUUCUGGACUGGGCUGAAGGAAAAGCCAAUCAGGAUGUGGAGAUCAUGUUUGUGUUUCCGUUCCGAGAACUGAACUUGAUUAAAGAUGAUCAGUACAGUCUUCAUGGACUUCUGUGUGACUUCCAUCCUGAGCUCAAAGAUCUGGAACCAAAGAUUUAUGAUCAGAUCAAAGCUGUGUUUAUAUUUGAUGGUCUGGAUGAAAGCAGAAUUCCACUGAACUUUGAACAGUGUGAGAAAGUGUCUGACAUCACCAUGACAUCAUCAGUGGGAGUGUUGAUGACAAACCUCAUCAAAGGAGAGCUGCUUCCCUCUGCUCUGAUCUGGAUAACCUCUCGACCAGCAGCAGCCAAUCAGAUCCCUCCUAAAUACAUCAACCGUGUGACAGAAAUUCAGGGAUUCAGUGACCCACAGAAGGAGGAGUACUUCAAAAAGAGGAUCAGUGAUGAAGACCAAGCCAAGAGAAUCAUUUCCCACAUUAAGACAGCGAGGAGCCUCCACAUCAUGUGCCACAUUCCAGUCUUCUGCUGGAUCUCGGCCACUGUUCUUCAGCAAAUCCUGAAACAGCGUAAUACAGAAAUCCCUAAAACUUUGACUGAAAUGUACUCACACUUCCUGAUCACUCAGACCAACAUGAGGAAUGAGAAGUAUGAGGAGAAAAAGAAGAGAACCACAAAGAACCUGCUGGAGUUCAACAGAACCAUUCUUCUGAAACUGGCUGAAUUGGCUUUCAAACAGCUGAUGAAGGGCAAUGUAAUGUUCUAUGAAGAGGACCUGAGAGAGAGCAGCAUUGAUGUCACUGAGGCCUCAGUGUAUUCUGGGAUUUUCACUGAGAUCUUUAGGGAGGAAUGUGUGCUUUACCAGAGGAAGGUCUACAGCUUUGUUCAUCUGAGCUUUCAGGAGUUCCUGGCUGCUGUUUAUGUGUUUCACUGUUACGAGAACAACAAUGUGGUGGACCUGCAGAUAUUUAAACCACUAAACAAAGAGAGGUUUAGGGAUGUUCUACUGAAGUUUUCUCUCCCAUGUGUCAGAAAGCGGUUUAAGAAUGUUCCUCUGAAUGAAGUUCUAAAGGGAGCUGUGGAUAAAGCUGUACAGAGUCUGAAUGGACACCUGGAUCUUUUCCUCCGUUUCCUGCUGGGCAUCUCAGUGGAGUCCAAUCAGAAAUUCCUACAGGGUCUACUGAAACCAACACAGAGCAGCUCAGAGGGAACCAGAGAGCACAUAAAGAGUUUAAUUAAAGGAGAAAAUAAACAAUAUCUCAUCUCCACUGAGAGAUCCAUCAAUCUGUUCCUCUGUCUGUCUGAAAUGAAUGACCAGUCUCUCUCCAGGGAGAUUCAGGAGUAUCUAAACUCAGAGAGACACUCAGAGGUGAAACUCUCUCCUGGACAGUGUUCAGCACUAGCCUGCAUGCUUCUGAUGUCAGAGGAGGUUCUGGAUGAGCUGGACCUGAAGAAAUACAACACAUCAGAGGAGGGUUAUAGGAGACUGAUCCCAGCUCUGACUGUCUGCAGGAAAGCUCAACUAGCCAGCUGUAGUCUCACCACAAACAUCUGUGAAAAACUUUCAUCAGCUCUGCAAUCAGCAAAAUCUUCUCUGAAAGAGCUGGACCUCAGUAACAAUGACCUUCAGGAUUCUGGUGUGAAGCUGCUCUCUAAUGGACUAAAGAACUCACACUGUAAACUGGAGACACUCAGAUUAUCUGGUUGUAUGGUUACAGAUAAAGGCUGUUCUUCUCUGGCUUCAGCUCUGAAAUCAAACCCCUCCCACCUGAGAGAACUGGAUCUGACCUAUAAUCACCCAGGAGAGUCUGGAGUGAAGCUGCUCUCUCAUCUACUGGAGGAUCCACACUGCAAACUGGAGAAACUACAGUAAGUUAUAUUCUUGCUAUCUGUAUACGCAGACUGACUGUAAUUAUUACACACAUGUAACAUAAUGAUUAAUGUUUACUCUAGAUGCGUUUGUCUUUGAGUUGUUCUUCUGAACAUGACACUGAGAUCUGGAGCUUUGUAUUUUUUGGGAGGGUUUUCUAAGAUUCAUUGUGAAAGCAAUGUGAAUAGUCCUCUGCUGACCCCAGAACAGCUGUCCCUGGACUUAGAGGAAUAGUUUAGUAAAAAAAUCAAAUUAAUGUUAUUUAUCACUUACCUAAGAUGUAGUCAAAAUCCAAGAAAUAUUUAGUAUCUGAUGUGUGCUUUUUUUAGUUUAAAAUGGCAGUUAGACUAAUGUUGCUAAUAAACAGUGGACUGUCUCCAAACUCAUCACCAUUCAUUCGGGUGUUAAGACCCUCAAUACCUCGAGUUUGGGGGGGGGGUCUGUGAUACUGCCACAUGAAAGGUCUUUUGUAGAAAAUAUAUAUGUAGCACAUUAAUUCAAAGAAAAGGUUUAAAACUUAAAUGCCUUGCAAGGUUAAACUUCCUGUGUGCUAACAUUUAAAAUGGGUGAGUUUUGCUAUAUGAGGUCAGGUAAAAAGGGGACCAGAAUAAAA